AUGGUACACCUUGUGGCUGUACCAGAGACAAUCACGGCAAGUGGCUGUGCUUGUGUCUUUAUUGACACCAUCUUCCGACUUCAUGGGUUGCCCCGUGAACUCGUGUCAGACAGAGAUCCACGAUUCACUGCUGAUUUCUGGCGUUCCGUGUUCAAAUCACUCGGAACGCGCUUGAAGAUGUCGACAUCUGAUCAUCCAGAGACAGAUGGUCAGACGGAACGUGCCAAUCGUGUCCUUGAAGAUAUCCUUCGAGGAUACGUACACUCCUUUAAGAGUUGGAGUGAGUUUUUGCCAAUGGUAGCGUUUGCCAUUAACAACUCGGUGCAUGCGUCCACGACACAUACACCGUUUUACGUGAAUGGCUUGCGCCAUCCGCAUGUACCCACCUUACUAGAUUGUAACUCUGGUUUAAGGGGGGGAGGGACUCGCGCGAGCAAAAACCGAUUUGGUUCACGCUCAUCACGCUCUGACGAAGAAGUCAUUGCGUUUGAUGCCGAUAUCGAUAACAUCGAUAUCGAAGAAGAUGAUGCCAGUGAGAGUGCGGAAGCCCUCACUGAAGACAAUGAUCCCAGUGAGAGUGCGGAAGCCCUCACUGAAGAAAAGGUUGAUGCCGCCGCAAUGCGCUCACAGCGCACUGAAGUUAACGAGUCAUCAGAUGAGUUCAUACUGGCUCGUGAAACGGUAGUCCGUUUUGUGCAAGACUCCAUCGCCGAAGCGGUGACUUAG